AUGACGAAACUAACUGACGAUGCCGACUACGAUGGUGGGGAAACGUUUGGGAAUGUACCACGUCCACUGUUCAACUUUGGAAAUGAUCAUGCAGACAAUGAACUCCGGACUAGAUGCAUUCCUCUAAGUGUUCCUACCAAUAUGACCAUGUUGCGAAAACAAGGUCAAACAACAUAUAAUUUCAAUCGCAUUGGAUACACAAAAAGCUCUGAGGAAGAAUUGUCUGAUGCUGUAUCAUGGGCAGACAACGAAAUGGAAUUCGGGGCAGACAACGAAAUUGAAUUCGGGUCAGACAAAGAGGAAAUGCGUGCUAAACGGUCUGCAGGCAUGCUGGAGAGAACAUGCCAAAUCUGUCGCGAAGGUUCUACGCACCUCGACGUGUCUAAUGCCAUCAUAUGGCGCGAUCGAGAAGACGCAGCGUUUUCUCUCACGUUUUUGUUUAGUUGGGCCAAAUGUCUGGGUUCAAUUAGUUAUGCAGCUUUUACAAUAUUUCGCAGCGCCUCUGUAAAGAGGCCGCCGUGCGCACAGUUUGCGAAUCACUGA